AUCAACCGUUCCUCCGUGGCGUGGUGAUGGGAUGCAUGCAGUCCAAGGUAGGAUCUGCACAGACGCCGCAGCCGAAUGCGACGGUCGACCCGUCGAACCAGGGAAGCACGAUGAAGAACGUCGAUUCAUGGAUCACAAACAACAACGAUUACGUGGCCAAGAGCUCCGUGGACAAGAAGAUCAUCAAGACCCUGCAGGCUCGCAAGAAAAAGAUGGACGACGAAGGCACGUUCUCAAAAAACACCAACUUUGAACGCGUGGCCAUGCAGUUUGGCAACGUCGAAAUGGCGUUCAUGUGUAUCCGCGACAUCUACACCAAACACAUUGACCCGACACGAAAAACCAUGCAGAUGGACAACUUUUGCCGCGCCUUGUCUGCGUUUGGAGUAACCAUCGAUCGACCCGCCAUCCAAGACAUUUUUAACGAAUCUGACCUCAUCCGGGACAACUCGCUCAACUUUAACGAGUUCGCCGUGUCACUGGCGAUUUGCUACCUCUUGGAUGUUGUGCCAGGGCUAAGCGCGGCCAACAGCAGCCCAGCGGACCCCCUAGCGGACGAGCCACUGGAGGACCCUGGCGUCGAGUUGGACGCGACCGACGCCAAGCGCGUGGCGAAAGCGUUCGACACUGUCGUGAACGCAUAUCUUAUGUUUGACGAAGAUGCCAGUGGCAUCAUCAAGUGGGACGAGAUGAAAGAGAUUCUCAACAAACCCGAAGACGGCAAAGCCAAAACCACCACGCACAAAACCAAGUUCUUCAACAUCGAGCGGUGGAAAGAACUGGAUUGGAACAAGGACGGGAGCAUCAAUUUCCAAGAGUUUUUCCUCGCGUUUCAAAAGUGGGUCGGCGUCGACGAGGACGAGCAAUGAACAGCUAGAGUUAUUUUUUAAUUAUAUACUAACGUUACUGUGGAACGGA